AUGCCGUCCAUUCAAGAGAGCAAAUUGGCCUUCAUUGGCGGUGGCAACAUGGCCUCCGCCAUCAUUGGUGGUCUGCUGAGCAAAGGCGUCAGCAAGCAGAAUAUCUGCGUCUCCGAGCCUUGGGAUGUCAACCGCGAGAAGAUCGCCGCACUCGGAGUGCGCACCACCACCUCCAAUGUUGAGGCUGGAGGUGAUGCCGAUUUGGUCAUCAUUGCGGUCAAGCCCCAAGUUACCAAGGGUGUGUGCCAGGAGCUCGGUGGUGCCUGGUCGCCGCGCGCGACUUUGCCCGUUGUCGUUAGCAUUGCCGCGGGCAUUACUCUUGACAGCUUGAAGGAAUGGUUGACGACUAGCGAUAGCCGUACGGCCCACACCGUGCGCGUGAUGCCCAAUACUCCUGCCUUGGUUGGUGAGGGUGCUUCGGGUGCUUUUUCUAGCACGGAUGUCACCCCCGCUGAGAAGGAGCUUGUCAAUGCUAUGCUCGGAAGUGUUAGCAAGGCUACCGAGUGGGUGGACCGCGAAGAUCUUCUCGAUGUCGUCACUGGAUUGUCGGGAUCUGGACCUGCCUACUUCUUUGCCAUGGUUGAGCACCUGAUUGCAAGUGCAACUGCUCUCGGCCUCCCCGAAGAACAGGCCACUCGUUUGGCUACACAGACAUGUCUUGGUGCUGGCAAGAUGUUGGUUGAGAGCUCUGACAGCCCUUCUCAACUGCGGAAGAAUGUGACUAGCCCCAAUGGCACCACGUACGCUGCUCUCCAGACAUUUGAGUCUCUCAACUUUAAAGAGAUCGUCGACAAGUCUGUCCAGGCUGCCACUACUCGGUCUGCUGAGCUUGGAAACCCCUCGGCCAAGCCAUAG